AUGAAGCUCCUAACCAAAGAAGAAGAAGACGCACACUACCGCAACGUCGUCAAAGGCGGCACAGUCGGCGGCAUCCUCGGUCUCGCCGGCGGCGUAGCAGGAGUCCUCCUCGCCGCCCGUCGCUACCACACAAUCCGCGACCUCACCCUCCCCAUGAAAUCCUUCCUAGUAACCUCCGCCGGUACCUUCACGGGGAUCAUCGCCGCGGACCACGCGUCGCGCGCCUACGAGAACGAACGCAACGCCGCCUACCAAUGGUACGAGAACCGCGAGGAGCGUCUGCGAGCGGAGGAGAUGCGCGGCCUCACAUUCGUCGACCGUGCGGCCGCCUUCGCCCGCCGCGAGAAAUACAAGAUCAUUAGCGCCACCUGGGUCGCCUCCAUGGUUGGCUCGUUCGUGCUUGUCGGACGUAUCCCCGGUCUUACGGGACAACAGAAGCUGGUUCAGGCUCGUGUUUAUGCCCAGGGCUUGACGCUGGGUGUGUUGUGUGCUUCGGCUGCUUUUGAGAUCUCGGAUCAGAGGAAGGGAAGGGGCAUUUUGGAUUCGAAGAAGAAGGCUGAUGAGGCGAAGAAGGCCGCUGUUGAGGAGCAGACGCAUGCGGAUCGGGAUCAGGGGGAUUUGUGGAAGGAUAUGGUUGCUUCCGAGGAGCAGAGGUUGAGUUCUAAGCAUCAGUCGCUAUAUGAUCAUCAUGAGAAGCAGGAGGGUGCUACGGUGAAGGAUGAGGGUGCUACGGAGAAGAAGGCCGAGGAGAAGGAGGAUAAGUCCGAGAAGAAGGACCCGAAGAAGAACUAG